AUGGAGGACUUCGAGUACAUGAACAAACUUGAAGGCGGCCUUCGCCAUCUUCGUAUCCAGAAUGCUGACGAAGUUGCCAAGUACUCUGUUCCUGUCGAGACCGUUGCCCGUCCCAACCACAAUCAGACUGGAAAGGAGAUCGAAGUUCUUAUGAACGCCUAUCCCAUCACCAAAUUUCCUACUCGUAAUGUCUACCAGUACGACGUUCAAAUUGGAAACGGCGUUGAGAAGAAUGCGGUCAUAAAGAAAGUUUGGAAUUGCAAUGCUCGCAAGGCCGCCCUGAAGCAGAUCGUCUUCGAUGGUCAGAAGCUUGCCUGGUCCAUGAAUAACUACCCCAACGGUUUGAACGUCGUUGUCGACCUCGAUGUGGAACAGGGCCGGCCUGCUGGUAGGACCAGCAACACUUUUCGGUUGACUGUUCGUCCCACGAAGACCGUCAACCUGGCUGUUCUGAACUCCUGGCUUACUGGGCGCACCUCUAUGUCGGAGGCGGUCCUUGAGGCUAUGAACUUCCUCGAUCAUGUCCUUCGCGAGCAUCCAAGCGGCAAGUUCCUCGCCAUUCGCCGCUCUUUCUUCGACCCCAACGGAGAAAACCAAGAUCUCGGAAACGGCGUCAUUGCCUUCAAGGGUGUCUACCAGGCGAUCCGUCCUGCACUGGGCCGUGGUCUCAUUGUCAAUGUCGAUGUGUCCAACUCCUGCUUCUGGGCGCGGACCUCUUUCAUGGGCGCCGCUAUGGCGGUUCUCGAUUGCCGGGACCAUCAGCACCUGAUGCACCUUCUCAAGCCUGUUGCCGACGGUCAUGGUGGUGUUACUGAGUCGACUGGCUUUUACGAGGUUCACCGUCGCCUUCGCAAGCUCGGGGUGCAGCCGCAUUACAAAGGCUGUCCUUGCCUUGGUGUCGAUUUCAUCGUCAAGGGCUUGCUGAACGCAAACGCCCGCCAGUACACCAUUGAAAUCAAGGACAAAGCCACCGGGAAAACCCAGAAGAUGAGCGUGGAGGCCUACUUCAAGAAGAAGUAUAAUCUCACCUUGAACUACUGGGAGCUUCCUAUGGUUGAGAUGACCAAGAAAGGCGUUGUCUACCCUAUGGAAGUCUUGACCAUCCACGGACUCCACCGCUACCCAUGGAAGCUGAAUGAGUAUCAGACUUCAGCUAUGAUCAAGUAUGCCGCAUCCCGUCCGGCGGAUCGUCUCAAUUCCAUCCACAAGUCGAAGGCUAUGCUUGACCAUGCAAAAGACCCGGUCCUCAACACUUUCGGCGUUGCAAUCGACAGCAACAUGAUUCGCACCAAGGCUCGUCUCUUGCCCAGCCCCGACAUUCAGUUUGGCGGAAACCAGCGCCUGUCUCCUGGCACCAACGGUCGUUGGGAUCUGCGUGGCAAGAAAUUCUACCAGCCAAACAAGAGACCCCUAGAAGCGUGGGGUGUGGGGUUCUUCCCUGGAAAGCGAAACGCUAUCAACCAAACCCAGGUUCAGCAGUUCUGUGACUUGCUCAUGAAGACAUACGCCGGGCAUGGCGGUAUGAUCAAAAACAAGCCCCACAUCCUUGAGCUUCGUGAGGACAUUGGCGAAGCUAUUAAGCGUCUCUACAACACGACUGGUCAAAGUUUUCAGAAAGAUCCCCAGCUUCUCUUGAUCAUUGUUCCGGACAAGAACUCCUUUACCUACACACGGAUCAAGAAGUCUUGCGACUGCCGCUGGGGUGUGCCCUCUCAAGUCUUGCAGUCCGGUCACUGUGUCAAGCUUAACCCUCAGUACGCCUCUAAUGUCUUGAUGAAGGUCAAUGCCAAGCUUGGUGGCACCACUGCUCGUGCUGUGCCCAAGGUUACUGACGCAACUUUGCGUCCUCGCUCCAUGAUCAUCGGUGCUGAUGUGACUCACUCUCCUCUGGGUGUCUGGUCGCCUUCCAUGGCGGCAAUGUCUGUCUGCAUGGACGCUUUCGGUGGCCGCUACUGGGGAGCCUGCGAGGCGAAUGGAGAUCGCCUUGAAAUCAUUGCUACUUCCAACAUUGAGGUUAUUUUGACUCCCCUGAUUCGUGAAUGGAUGGCCACUGUUGGAGAAGGCAGAGCUCCGGAGCACGUCUACUACUUCCGAGAUGGAGUCUCCACCGGACAAUUCGAACAGGUCCUUCAGCAGGAGGUCUUUGAUAUGAAGGCCAUCUUCAUGAAGCUGACCCAAGAUCAGUUCAAGGGGAAGUUUACUGUUAUCGUCGCGAACAAACGUCAUCACCUGCGUGCCUUCCCGCGUCCUGGCGACCGCAACUCCGCGGACCGCAAUGGCAACCCCCUUCCUGGCACUCUGAUUACUAGAGAUGUUACUAGCCCUCACGACUGGGACUUCCUUCUUUACUCGCACAUCGCGCUCCAGGGAACUUCUCGUCCUGUGCACUACCAUGUGAUUCUGGACCAGAUCAAGCACAAGGCCCAAGAGCUCGAGAAUAUGAUCUACGACCACUGUUACCAAUACAUGCGCUCCACAACUUCGGUGUCUCUCUUCCCCGCUGUCUACUAUGCUCAUCUCAUUGCGACUCGAGCACGGCACCAUGAGGAUGUCCCGGCUAGCUCUGGUCCUCAGAGCGGUCCUGAGGUGAAGAUGACGAACCCCAAGCCGAAGGACCGCCCCGUCGAUCCCCGUCUUCUGCCCAUUCAUGGUACCUCUAACCGUCUGCCUUUCGGAAUGUGGUACAUCUGAGAUUGGCACAGCAGUCACGACUCGUUCUCAGCCAAAUCUGACAACUUGCUUGGUUGGUUCCCCCGUUGCAACUUUGUGCUUUUGUGAUUUAGUUUUGCGAUUUAUUAGCUACGGAGUUACACUCGGAAUUCGGGCCAGUGAUAGCUGAUCCAGUUGGGACCGACUGACUCACUCCGGCGAGACGGAUGGACCUGACGAGAUGGCCGUUGC